AUGGCGUGGGCGCUGGUCCUGGCGCUCUGCAGUAGGCUGCUGAGCCUCGCGGGCGCGCUGGACGCCAUGGGCCCCCACGCGGCCGUUCGCCUGUCGGAACUGCUGACCCCGGAGGAGUGCGGCCACUUCCGCUCGCUCCUCGAGGCGCCAGAGCCGGACCUGGACGCCGAGCUGGCCCGGCUGUCGGAGGACCGACUGGCCCGGCCCGAGACGCCCACGCCCACACCCUCGACCGGGGCGCAGGGCCCGGGGAACCCUCAGCGGCGGGCCGCGGCCACGCGACUGGAGGACGCGUCUCCCGGGGCCGAGGGGCUCUCCGACGGCUGCCGGGAGGCGCUGGCGCCCUGGCUGGCCGCCCGGGCCCCGGCGCUGUCGUGGGACCGCGUGGCCCGGGCCCUGCGGCGCAGUGGCCGCCCCGACGUGGCGCGCGAGCUGGCCAAGAACCUGCACCAGCAGGCCACGGUGGAGCUGCGCAAGUCGGGGGAGAGCUACGUGCGGCCGCCGGCGGCCGCGGCCCCCACGCCCGGCCCGCGCGACCGCCGCGCCGCGGCCCCCGCGCCCGCCUGGGACCAGCUGGAGCUGGUGGUGGAGCGCCUGCCGCGGCCCCCGUACACGCGCGGCCCAGCGGCCUGGGCCGGGCCGCUGGCGCUCGGCCUCCUCGCCGGCUUCGCGGGCGCGCUGGCCACCGGGCUGCUCGUCACCGCGCUCACGCUGUGGCUCGCCGACGCCGACCCCCCGUGGCCUCCCGCCCCCGAGCCCUGCGGCGGGGAGGCGGAGCCGCUCCUGCCCCCGGCCUGGGCGCCGCGGCGGCCCUCGCCCCUCUGCCCGCCGCUGUGA